UGGGUGGUGGUCAUGAAUUACCUAACGUGACGCUUCGUGACUGUCCAGCGUUGAUGCCAUGGCCCAGACUGUCCCGUCGGCUGGCCUCGCCAUUACGUUUUCGUCGUACAGUCUGGCCUCACUGUCAUGGCCACGUUGCCGACUUGUGACACAGACCGCCAUGUCUCUCGUCGUGGCUCAUAGCAGACUGCUUCGUCUUGCGGCUUGGUUCCUAUGGCUCCAAAAAAACCCAACUUCACAUAAAACACCCGCGCUCGUCGAUGAUGAAACUCUUGCUAUGAGUGUCGUCAUCUGUUGACAAUCACAAUACAUAUCAGAUAUCUCUGCCUCUUAUUCACCUGCCCUCAGCCUUUCCCACGAACGCGGCUGGCCAUCAAACUCAACUACACUCUGUAACCCUACACCCCAAGCCCUGUCCAUUAGUACAAAAAGAAUACACAGUUCCCUUCGCUCACCAUGACCGGCCUGCUCUUUGUCACUGCCCAGUCCACCGACGUCAGGGACCUGAAUCGCAUCCUCCUGUACCUCCGAGACUGGGACAUCACCUCUGCUGCUUCCUCUCUUUCCCUGGCAGCGACUACUACUACUACUACUGCUGUUACGCACACAAGUAACAACAACAGCAACAAGAUAAACAACAACAUUAACACCACCACAGUAAGACAAGCCAAAACAACCCAUGCCGCCAGCCGCCGCACAGCAACAGUCCAGGACCACCAGUUCCUCGACCGCUUCCGCUUCGUGACGAGGCACAGCGCAGAGACCUUGGUUUCCCAACCAGCUUCGGCGGCAGCAGCAGCAGCGGCGGCGGCGGCGGGAACGGGUGUCACUACUGCACAACGACACCAUGUCCACGGCACGUUCCCACCCGUCCCGCCGAGCGCGACACUGGUCAACUCGUGGGUCGGCAGCGGCGUCGACGAGAUUGAGGCGUUCAUGGACACGCUGGCAGACGAGGUGUACAGCCGCGACAAGGAGCUGUAUCAUGCCGCCGCUAGCAAUGGACUUGACGGCAGCAGCAGCAACAGCAACAACAACAACAACAACAAUAAAAAUAACAACAAGUACAUCGGGCGGCGUGACAGUGGGUACUCGUCGUCAGACUCGACCGGCGGCAGCGAUAGCGAUAGCUCCCAGGCGUCGUGCUACAACACAGACAUGUACCUGGUUGUCGACGAGGUCGGACUAGCGACCGGCACGGCGAUCCUGGGCUGCCGCCGCAGAGGUUCUGUUGCCGGUAAAGGUGGCUCCUCCUCCUCCUCCUCCUCCUCCUCCUCCUGGGACCGCGUCCGAGGCGUGCCCUGGGCUGAGGUCUGCUCCGUGUGGAAGGUUGUAGAGAAGAACAAGGCAGUGGAUUCUCUAGUUGCAACACAGCAGCAACAACAGAAGGAGCAGAAGCAGAUACGGAGCCAACCUGACAGUCAUGGCUCCAAGUGGCUGGAAUACUCGAAACCAAUCGAGAACGGCCUGCUCGCGCCGCCGAGGGAUUGUCGGCGACGGGAUCUCGAGGUCAGCAUGUGGCACGAGUGCGGGCUCGUUUAG